AGGAUUUAUAUCAUUAUUAGAGUAGAGUGUUUUUGAUUAAAACCCACUAUUCAAUUUUGUUUAUUGUAUUGUUGAAGGUGUUUUUUAAAUUAUUUUAACUUCAUUCAAUUAUUCAACAAAUAACAAAAAGUUUAUUUCUUCUAGAGACAGAUAAAAAAGAAUGAAACAUAAGAAGAAUACAAGAUUAAUUUCAAGAUACAAAGUUUAAUUUUAUUGCUUAUGCCAUUUUUCGUUAAGUGUGUUUAGUAGUGUUGAUUUUGAUCGCGUAUCUAAUUUUGAUGGGUUGCAUCUGCAUCAAAAGGAAAAGUUCAAUUCCAAACUUGUCCCAUCUGUCAUAAAUGCACAAACUAAUAUAUAUGUAUCUUUAUGUACAUGUAUUCCUUUCUCUCUGCUCUAGCUAGCCUCUCAGUCUCAGGUCAUUUAUGUCUUUGUUUGUCGGGUCGUGAAAAGAAAAUUGUUAAGAGUAUGAAGAUGGCGCACGAAGCAUAAACAAAAUUAUAUUAUUUUUAAUAAUAAAGAUAUACCUACAAAUAUUUUAACAUAAAAUAAGGACAGACGCGUUGUGUGUGUGUCCCUUAACAAUUACCAUGGAUAUAACAGAAGAAACAACAGAUAAACUAAUAAAAAAGAAACGGAGUCAUAUUCUGAAGAAGAUUAAAAAACACCUGGGAAUUGUGCGUCGCGAACCCCAAACCUGCUUACCACAAAAUAAUUUACCACACUUGCAUUUUCAUAAUGUGCAUGGCGAUAAUAUCAGAAUUUCGCGUGAUGGAACACAAGCAAGACGAUUCGAAAGUUUUUGUCGUGCUAUAACAUUUAGUGCCCGACCGGUUAGGAUCAAUGAAAGAAUAUAUAUGCGUUUUUCGGAAAUCUCCAAUAACUGGAAUGGAGGCAUCCGUUUUGGAUUCACAAGUAAUGACCCAGCCUCAUUGGAGAAUUCCUUGCCUAAAUAUGCGUGUCCAGAUUUAACGAACCGUCCUGGCUUUUGGGCUAAAGCUCUGCAUGAACAACAUUGUGAAUUGAAUAAUGUGUUGCACUAUUACGUGAAUUCUACUGGUGAUGUUAUGUAUGGAAUAAACGGUGAGGAAAAAGGAAUUAUUCUUUCAGGAAUCGACAUACGUGGGUUGCUUUGGACAGUAAUUGAUAUAUAUGGCAACUGCACUGCUAUUGAACUUUUGGAUGCACGGCUAUUUAAUCAACAAUCAUCGACAGUUGCUUUCUCGAGUCAAGUGUCCCAUUCCAACAAUUUGGCGAACAGCAUAGUAACUCCCAUGCAAUCACUUAGUAUUUUGGACGGUGAUAGUCCUUUACCACAUCUAAAAUACAAUAUAAACAGGAGGUUGGUGCCCCUGCCGUUCCAUACAGCGAAAGGUCGAAAUGUAAGACUUUCUCCCGACCACGUUAUUGCUGCUCGUACUGAAAAUGAUUUUUGCCAAGGAUACGUUUUUACCUCUAGACCAAUUCAAACGGAGGAAAGUAUAGUAGUUCAAAUACUAAAAACCGAUCACACGUACGUUGGAGCCCUUGCAUUAGGCUUGACUUCAUGUAACCCAGCAUCAUUGAAUCACAACGAUUUGCCAGUUGAUUCAAACUUCUUACUCGACAGACCUGAAUAUUGGGUAGUCAAUAAGGACAUCGCAUUGCCUUGCAACAAAGGCGAUGAAAUAUCAGUUUCCGUGUCUGCAAUCGGAGAAGUCACAAUAAGUAAAAAUUGCGGAACACCUGCUGUUAUAAUGCAUGUUGACCAUCGCUUACAACUUUGGGCAUUUUUCGAUGUUUACGGUUCCACUCGCAGUAUUCGUGUAUUCCAACAAUAUUUUCAAAGUGAUCAAAAAUUGAAACACUCGUCCAGUUCGGUUAUUCACCCAAUUUCUUCGUCUAAUUCAACUGCGUCAAUUAAUGUCGGUGGAUUACUACACCAAUCAAAUAUGCUUUGCAGCAUGGAAGCUUCUUUAAAUUCAGCCAGCAACAUUUCAAUGCCAAAAGUUAGUCAGAUAUUUUUGCCUUCUUCAAGUGAUAUGAUUCAACUUCAGCCAGGUGGAACCGUACUUGUGGUGAAUCUGCCACAAGUCACAAACCGUACACAAGAAUUUGAUUAUAGCAACGAAGAUGUAAAAAUACUAAGUCAAGCAACAUCUACCUAUUCGAACAAUCCAAAUGUGUCCACGAACAAAAAUCAGUCCUUCGAGCCAAAUCUAAAUUUAGGAAGUAAGAACAACGACACUAUUUCAAAGAAAAUUUUGGAAGAUAAGAAAAACGAUAGUGAGUUAACUGCCUCAGAAUGUACGAUAUGCUAUGAGAAGAAAAUUGAUUCUGUACUCUACAUGUGCGGACAUAUGUGCAUGUGCUACGAGUGUGCUAUCGAACAGUGGCGAGGAGCAGGCUGUGGCCAAUGCCCACUAUGUCGGGCAGUUAUACGGGAUGUUAUUCGUACAUAUACCACAUGAUUAAAAUAUAAGAAUUUAUUAUUAUGUUAUGUAGUUUGUUACUAUAAAGUUCACAUUUUGCAAACCUAUUAAGAAAAAUUUAAUAACAUAAUUUAAAAUACUGUCCCCACUUAAUGACUAAAAUGUCCUAAUUAUGUUUUAUCAAAAGACCAUUAUUUCAAACCCUAUUAAGAUAAAUCUGAAAAACUAUUAUUAAGUUAAAAUAAUAUGGUUUAUCUGUGCCAACACAGAUAUUUAUGUUCAAGUUAACAGAUUUUUUUUUACUUAUUUAUGAACACUCGAGACUCAGAUAUGUAUGUUCAAAGGAACUGAUUUUUUAAAUAUUAUUUUAUAAAAUUGUUUAAGCUAAGCAAACAAAUAAACUUAAAUUGUUUAAAUAUAGAAAAAAGAUAAUAAUCAA